AUGCAGGUUCUUCCGGUGGGUACGAUCACGGAUUCGGCAUGUCGUGCCGAAGUGGCUGCAGUUCUUCAGACUGCCCCUGCAGUCAACUGGGACGUUUCUGUGCAUGCUCACGCGGCCAUCUUGGCCAAGCAUGUGCAAGAGGGCCUAGCGGCCAUAGCCAAGCGUAAGCAAGCUAGGCCGCACCACCCCUACAUCUCUGAGAACACCUGGGCGCUCCAGCGCAGUGUGGCGCGCACACGCCGUGAGUUGCACAGGUUGACGGCACAGCUUGCGCACCACACGCUUGCGGUCGGAUUCCGCGCAUGGGCUGCGCGGACAAGUUUUUGUGAUGCACGCACUUGUGCGCAAGCUUGGUUCGAUCGAGCGGACCAUGUGCGCGACAAGCUUCAAGAGGAACUUAAGAGCGCGUGUGCCAAUCUCCGCAAAGCCUGCCGCAAGGACCGGGAUGCUUAUGUGUCUAGACUUGCCGAUGACAUUGCGCACGCACCUUCUAAGGAAGCUUACGCGGCUCUUCACAAAAUCCUCAUGCACCGUCGCAAGAAACCGUUCAGCCUUGAUCCCCUGCCCAUGCUCCGAGAUGCUGAGGGUAAGCCAUGUGCUGAUGCGAGGGAGCUGCAGGCCCUAUGGCGUGAACAUUUUGCUAAGCUCGAGGCUGGCCGAGCCACGUCGUUCCAUGCCUUGGCGGCAAGUGUGGCCGAGCAGACCCGGCCAUCAGAUGCGCACCCGCCCUGCAUCGACGAAGUGCUGAGCUUGCCUAUUUUCAGGCGAACCUUGGCGGCCACUAAGGUUGGCCGUGCCCCGGGUAUUGACGCCAUCCCGCCAGAACUCAACCACAGUUUUCCGGCGGAAACAGCGGACAUACUGUACUCCCUCAUGCUAAAGGUCGUCUGGUCCAUGAUGCGCGUCUAUGCCCAGCGGGGCCGCACUUGCCUCGUUCUCUUUGCGGACAUAUCGGCUGCAUUUUACAGAGCGAGUCUUGACCGGGCCCUUGAAGGCCUAGCCUUACCCCCCGAAGCCCUUGACGUGAUACGGGAGCAUUUGGGUGAUCGGACGGCACUUGCGCAGGCCGGAGCCUCUGCCUGGCUCGAAAGCCUGGCGGCCCACAUUGGGCACUGCAACUGGUUCCUUCUGGUCAACGAUGACAGACCCGUCGCCACCGCCAGAGGCACCCGCCCCGGCAGCUCUUGGGCCGAUGUUUUGUUUGCCAUUCUCAUCCCCCGAAUUUUGACUCGCCGAGAUGAGCUAUUGGCACAGUUUGGGGCCCGCAGCGAAGUGCCGAGCUUUCCUUGGGACGGCGAAAUGGCACUGACACCUGUGGCGUCAAGCGAGCCCCACAUCCCCCUGCAAGAUGUGGUCUGGGCGGAUGAUAUCGCGGUUCCCAAGGUCUGCAAGAGUGCGUGCGAAGCACCGAGUGUGGUUCGCUGUGAGGCGACUGCACUCACGGAGGCAUUCGUAGAGUUUGGGUUCCGUUUAUCCUUCGGCGUGCAUAAGACUGCUGCCUUGGUUACGGUAAGUGGACAACAUAGCCGGGCUACGAAACGACAACUUUUCGGUACCAGUGGAUUUAAUGGUACCAUUCCGGUGUUGCUGGAAAACCUUCCGGCUAUGUCCCUCCCCCUUCCCCCGUGUUACAAGCACUUGGGUGUGCAGCAAACGCCAGCCGGUGGAAUCUGGGAGGAGAUGAGAUACCGCGUCAGUCAGGCCCGAAGCGCAUUUGCUGAGGCAAGGCGUAAAAUUUUCGGGUCACGGGCCAUCCCCUUGCGCCGCAAGGCCUUGCUGCUGACUUCAAACGUCUUGUCAAAGCUGUUGUUGGGAGCUGGGGCAUGGCCCCCGCUCCGUGCACGGGAGUACCGUUUAUAUGCUGGAGCCGUUUGGGGGUUUUAUCGUAGUGUGCUUGGCCUCAAGCACCAGGAUGACCAGCAUGUCACAUGCUCCACAUGCUUUGCGCUUUUGCAGGUGCCGGACCCUGAUGUCGUUUUGAGGUGCUCACGUCUUUCAUAUUUGGCACAGCUUCUGCGGGCAGGACCGGCACCCCUCUGGGCUGUCAUGCGUGCCGACACGGAGUACACUGCCAUGCUUCGUCGAGAUUUGCAGUGGCUGUAUUCCUGGUGCCACGCCACCACGGAUUGGCCGCAUCCUGAGGGCAAUUGGCCUUUCUGGCGCAACGCAAUCUUGACCAUGCCGGGACGAUACAAAGGUUUAUGCAAGCGUGCGCGAUGUGGGAAAGCGUAUGCCUCACAACACCGACUGCGUCGGCACUUAGUCACCAGCCACCGGUGUUUGACAAAUUGGGGAGCUUUCACACCUGCCCCGGAUGUAAGUGAUGCACCAUGCCACCCGCUUGCACCGCCGGCGGCAGUAGCGGGAAGCUGGGGCCCUCCACCGCUCCUCGACACUGAGCCGGGCACCUCGAGGUCCCUCCGAGAGGCGUUAGACGACUUGGAAGGCUGCACUGAGGAUGAGGUUUUUGAGGUAGUCGCGGGGCACAUUGAACCAUUGGCAGUCCUUCGUGCCACGGUCAGCAGCUGGGCCUCUGCAUACCCUCAUUCUCCUUGGCAUGCCGAAGUUUCGGAAAACAUCCUCCUCUUGCUUGACCCGGCAGUGUUAGCCGAGUCCGCACAAGCAGCGCGUACUGCCGCACCACCCUCCAGUGACCGGCCGCCGGUUUGGCCGCUUCCAGGUCGUCUGACUUUGGCAGCUUCCGGUACGAGGUGCUCGUGGACUUUGCCUGAUCCGCCGACACAUCGCCUCCCACCACAUGGCCCAUACAGCAUGCCUGUUCGGGCAGCGGAUGCGUAUGCCACCUGGAUUGAGGCAGCCACCGCUACCCUGGCACGAUGCGUCGCUGUGGCAUCCGAGCAACCCGUAGAGGUCAGAUGCACUGGCCUUGAGCAGGCCCUAGGUCCAGCCGGACAAUGGCUGGUUGCGGCGGGCUUUUUGCUAAACGAGGAGGGAUUGUUUUCUUGA